GGGAGCGCUCUGCCUGGCACAGCUGCCGCGCGGCGCCGGGCACAAGAGACGUGACAAGUAACUCAAGAAAAUGACUCUUGGAAAUCUGCUGAUUUUGUGCUUAAUAUUUCUUGAUGGAGCUGCUACUGGAGACCUGUGUCCCUUUCGUCGCUCCAUUGAUGUAAUCGAGGGGGAAUAUUUUUUCCUUUGCUCCCCCGGAUCAGAACAAGAUACUUUUCAAAAUGAAAGCUACAUGGGAAACUGGUACAAAAAAAAUGAAGAAAAUGUCACUCUGAUACAGGAAACAUCCAGAAUUGUAUCAAAUGGGAGUAUUCUGGAGUUUUGGCCAGCUGAGCUCAGUGACUCUGGGAUUUACUCAUACAAACUUAGUAAUGGAAACCACAGUGUCACAGAGUGGACCUUGAAUGUGCUCAAAAGGAACAAAAACAGUUGUUUUAACCAAAAUCAUUUACACAUGGAGACUCGAAGUGCUGGAAGUGGUUACUCAUUGAAAUGCAAUACAGUGACCCGUAAUACAGGUGGCAAUGUAACGUGGUACAAGAACUGUAGCUUCCAUACACUUACAACAGAGGGAGAAUUGAAUUUUAAUACCUUAAGACUUAGUGACUCUGGAAUUUACACCUGUAGAAUUUUGAUUACUCAUGAGGGAAAGGUAUUCUACACAACAAGUACAACAAAUCUGAAAGUAAAAAAAGAUACCCCUGAAUUUGUAAUUCCGAAGAUAACUGAACCUACUGAAGCUUAUAUAGAAACGAAAACAGGUAAAGAUGAGGUACUCAACUGCACAGUUUUUAGGGGGUACUCUGUAGCCCUCAACGUUAUAUUCUAUUGGCUUAUCAACGAUAAGCGUGCAGAGCAAUGUUCUGACAGCUCUAACUGCGCAUGUCAAGGGAACUAUGAAUACUUUAAUUUAGGAAACGAAUUGUAUGCGUCAAAACGACUAUGGAUUAAAAAGGUGACAGACGAGGACAUGAAUCAUAACUACACCUGCAUUCUGAUUGUUCCUGGUAAAAUGCAAAAACAAACUGUUAGACUGAAAAAAGGCAACAUUUCUGACCUCCCCCCACAUUUAUUUACUACUGGAGUGAUUGUGGCUAUAUUAUCUUCAUGUGUUGCUGUGCUCCUGGUGGUUCUAGGUGGGAUAUUCCGAGUUGACCUAGUUUUACUUUACAGGGAUAUAACUGGAAAAGAUGAAACUGUUGGAGAUGGAAAAGAAUAUGAUGCUUUUGUGUCUUACCUGAAAGACUGCAUAACAACUAAUGAUGGAGAGGGAAAAUUUGCUUUGGAAAUAUUACCCAAGACACUGGAAGAACAUUUUGGGUACAAACUGUGUAUAUUUGAGCGGGAUAUAACUCCUGGAGGAGCUGUUGUUGAUGAUGUCCUUUCAUUCAUUGACAAGAGCAGAAGAUUAAUUGUUAUACUAAGCAAGAACUAUGUUUCUGACAAAGUCAUGUAUGAGCUUGAGAGUGGACUACAUAAGGCAUUAGUAGAAAGGAAGAUUAAAAUAAUAUUAAUUGAAUACAUGCCCAUAAGUGAUUAUAAUUUCUUGCCAAAAUCACUUGCCCUUUUGCCAUCUUGGAGAGUUGUACAGUGGAAAAAGGAUCAGUCUCUUCCAUUGAAUUCAAGAUUUUGGAAGAAUCUUCGGUACCUGAUGCCAGCAAAAACUUUCAAGUCAAACUCUGGAAGUCCCAAUAAUUUUCUGGAGCUAGUCUCAGAGCAAGAGACCCAGUCAUUGACUGCAUAUUGGAAGACUAAAACAUUCAUAUAACAACACAAUGGAAAGCAAACUUGUUGCAGAAUGAGCACAUUGGAUUAUUUUAAAGGAGGACAUAAAUUGCACUUGCUUUAGGGAGGCAAUGCGUUCCUAGUGGAUAGAGCACAGGAUUGGGACUUGAAAGAUAAGGGGGUGAUGUUCAGCUAGUGUAGGUAGUCAAAGAGACCAUAGUAACCCUAACUCUGACCUGUACCCCCAAAGUAUUGUAUCCAAUUCUGAUUCUGCCUGAGAUUCUGAAUCACAGUUCUUCUAUUUGUAAAAUGUUCUUAAUUAUACAUACUGACCAUUGUAAAGUAGUCUGUAUUUAGAAAUGUGUUUACAGUUACGAUUUCUGCCAUAAAAACACCUGAGCCACAAGGUAACGAUAUAUCCUGGCAAAAGACGAGUCCUUUAAUAAGUAUUAUGUAACUGAAUACCUGUUGAGGGGCAUUUGAGAGGGAAAGGGGAGGAAAGAUGACACUUUUUUCUGGAGACAUCACUGGACAUAUCUUACUUUUAAUUUGCUUUUAGGUAAGAGGCCUGACGAGUUGGAAUUUUGAGGGUCAAUGUUAACUGAUAAAUGGAGGUAAACAACCUACAUUUACAGUGGUAAACUUUUUGCUGGAAAAUUUCAAUUACCCAUUGGAAAAACAGAAACAAUGCUUUCUCAAAUGCCUGUGUGGAAUGUGUUGCACUUGGAGAAAGUUCUUCCUUCCUCUCUGUGCCCAGCUGGCUUGGCUAGCUUUAUCCUCUCCUAUUUCCCUCAUCAGCCCUUUUGGUGGAAACCAGUGUUAGUAGAAACCAUGAAAAGCCUAUAGCCCUUUAGGGUCCUGGUAUUCCCUAGCAUGGAAGUUAGAGGAAUUACUGUUGUCUGAUCUAUCUCCUGCCAUUUUAUGCAGGAUUUGGAAGGUUUGGGACAAGAAGACAGGAAUAUUUUGAUACUAUAAUAGAAAUAGGAUUUGCCACCCUGGUCUGUAGAUGCCCAAGUUUCCAGAAAGUAUUUUUUUGGCAAAAAUCUUGUUGGUCUAAUAAAAGAUACCAUCUCUACUACGAGUCCUAAUUGAAGUUUCCAUAAGGUAUUCAUCAUUAUAACUAUUUUUACAAGUUCUUACUAUACUUUCAUCUAUACUAUACUUUUUACUAUACUUUUAACAUGUUGAAACCAUCUCUCUCUCUAAGGUAGAUUUCUAAAAGGAAUUCAGUAACUCAACCAUAGUGGACCCAUAUUAAAGUUACUGACUAUCUAGAUGGUUCCAGGAUAGCUCUAGAUAUGUCUCGGUGCUCCUGAAGAGUCAGUGAAAUGGGACAGGAGACUUUUCUGCCAAUUUUGCAAAAUUAGUCCUAAAUAAAGUGAUUCUUUCUACCCUGCCCCAAAAGUUCCCGCAUUCCAGGGUAGUGUUUAUGCUGUGUCUGCUGAGAAGGAGAGCUAUUUAGCUACUUGGUACUACGUUAAAGUGUCUCUGUUAACUAGGGGUAAUGUAGACUAUUUCCAAUUUCAGAAGUCUGGUAACAUCUGGGACUGUUUCUAGGACCUUCUAUCUUUCUUGAUUACUUUCUCUCUGGUACCUUUCUGGUACACUGUAGCACCCCCCCCCCAAUACCUCUGUCAUGUAGAACAGACUAAAGCCGAUGGAUAAUCGAAGUGGACGUGGCUGCAUUUUGAAUUCACAUUUACACACUUUCAAUGUAAUGGAUUUUUCUGUUUCUCUUUUGUCAAAAUUAUGUGAAAAUUUGGUCUUUACUGUAUAUAUCUUCAAAAUAAAGACUGUUGUAACCCUUUGGGACUUUUAUAUUUCAUAUUGUUUUUAAAACAUUGAAUAGGGUUAUAUUUUAAUAUACUUCAUGAUUGCUCCUAAUACCUCCUUGUUAGCUGUGUCGCAGGAGGAUAUGGUAUAUGUGUCUAUAUUGUUUGAAUGCUUUUCCUCCCUCCCUCCUUCCCUCCUUCCCUCCCUUCCUUCUUCUGUUGUAUCAAACCUAAUAAGUAUAUGCCUGUUUCUUGCUGUGAAAUAAAUACAGUAUUUGA